UGUAGCUUAAAUGUGUAAUUUGCUAUCUCUUAAACUCACAACCGUGGGACAUGCUUACUUAUGCGACCGCGAGUUGCCCAAUGCCCUUGACAAGCGUAUAUCCUCCGUAGCUACGUUUAUAAAAUUAGCACCGAAACAUUCCUGCACUUGCAAUUAUCUUGGCGAUGGGGCCGCCCAGAGCUGGACGGUUCAGUCGGGGAACGCUCACAGCUAGACUACGCCUAAGCAUACUAUUUCUGGUUAUAUGGCUGCCAGCCGCCCUUUCGCAAGCGUCUCCACCUCCAAGUCCUCCAAGCCCUUCACCCCCAAGCCCGGCUCCGCCCAGCCCUUCGCCUCCCAACCCACCAUCUCCCGGCCCUUCACCUCCCAACCCACCAUCUCCCGGCCCUUCACCUCCCAGCCCACCAUCUCCCAAUCCAUCGCCUCUACCCCCAAGCCCUCCCAGCCCUCCAACCCCAAGCCCAGCCCCACCUAGCCCCCCAUCCCCACCCAGCCCACCUCCCCCAAGCCCAGCCCCGCCUCAGCCUCCCAGCCCGCCACCCUCACCCACACCUCCCAGCCCGGCACCACCCUUGAAACCUGUGGCGAAAGCCAUCUACCAGCCGCCUAGCAGCCCGGCCGGGAACACAUCAACAGAUCUGUCCGGAUCUGAGUAUGCGCCGUACUCGCUCGAGGUCUGCCCGGAUGCCCGCUGGAAGGAUCUGAUCUUCCUUUGGGGCCCCUCCAUACCGGCCGUGUUCGACAACGCAACCCACUGGGAGGAUGGGGACUUCCAGCACUACGGCACCAACGUCAUCAUUCCGCAGCUCUCCGCCAACAUCAUCUUCGCCUCGCUGGCGGCUGCCGUGCUGCUGGGCCUGAUGCUGUGGCGCUUCAUCCGCGCCUGCUUCUGUCAGCAGUGUAUCCAGGAUCGGCCCUACCUGGACCCCUCCGUGCUGCUCUCCGGCUGGCGCUUCUGGCUGCCCAAGGCUCUUGUGCUGCUGCUGGGACUGGUUGGCCUCGGCGUUUGCAUCGCAGGCGCCGUCGUCGUCAGGAAGAACGGCUUCCUGCGCAUUUGGCCGCAUGUGGACGAGCUUAUCGUGCAUGUCAACAGUACGACGGCCAUAGCGGCGGAUCUGGCAGCUGGACUAGAUGACGUGUACCCCCACGUCGACGCACUCACAAAUCUAUCCAGCCGGGUCAACUUCCCGGCAGCUAGGGCGUACGUCUUGAACCUCGCGGACUACCUCGACCUCCCAGCGGCCAACCCCAACACCCUGGUCACCGCGCUGGUCGACCUGGACGGCAACGUGACCUCGGUUCGAUCCCGGCUGGCCGCAACCCGAGCGCAGCUGGUCAGCCCCCCCAUCGACACGGACGCGCUGGCAGCCGGCGUGGCGGCCAUGGCGGAUGCAGUGGAUGGCUCGGGGGAUACAUUGGGCGCGCUGAAUGCGCUGAGCUCCGCGCUGACUCAGGUCGCUGCCGUGUCUAGCCCACCACUGAGCGCCUCCCUCCUCAGCGCGCUGAACAGCGCCCUAGCGGGCGCCGACAUCACCGGCUGGCAGGCCUCUCUGGACGACAUGCUGGCGGGUAUCCAGGAGUGGCAGGUGGCCCUCAGCUCGCCCUCCUCCCUGCCCGCCCUGGCCACCGCGGUUUCAGCCCUGGACAGCGGUGUGGCGGAGCUGAGGAGCAUGCAGACACGCAUCGCCAACACCGCUAUCCUGGCCUUCCUGAACGCCUGGAACGUGUACAGCGCCUCCUUCUCCGGCCUCUUCUCCGUGGUCAAUAUGACACAGACCAACUUGCUGCUUUUCGACCCCGCCACCAGCGCCUCCACCGCCCGCCUGCAGUUCGUGUACGGCAACGUCAGCGCGCUGCAGAGCCUCAACCCCAAGCCCUCCACCCUGGCCGCCAAUCUCAACAUGCUCUCCCUCUCAGCCAGCGUGAGCCCCGCGGCCUCCCUGGCUGCCAGCCUCAGCCAGAUGCAGGCAGCCCUGCAGGCGGAGUUGCCUGAUGGGUCAACAACACUGGCGGGCGCGAAGGCUGCCGUCACCAGCCUGAAGUCUGCUCUGAGCAGCCUGCAGCCCAAGCAGGCGGCUACCAGCACCGCCUUGGCAGGCUACAAGGCCAGCCCCACGCAGGCUACUUUGGACGCCCUGAAAGCCACGGUCAGCGGCACCGGAAACACCGCCGAACUCACUUCUGCAGCUGCGGCUGCCGUAAAAGCUACUGCGGCCGACCCCAACGUGCUUGCCGUACAGUCCACCAUCUCCUCUACGGACCUGGUCUCCCUGUCCGCCAGCGUCGCCGCCGACUCCGCCUCCGUCGUCAGCGCCAUCGAUACCACCACCGGCCAGCUCACCCAGCUGGUCCCCUCCCUCAGCCCCUACAUUGGCAACUUCACGGGCGCAGCUGCAGCGUACAAUGCAAUGGCCUCACCCAAACUCACGGAGAUGGCCCUGCUGCGCUCCGCUUUCGCCACCCUGGAGGAGCAGCUGGUGCGAGUGCCCCGAGCGGUGCGGACGCAUGCUGCCAACACCUCGGCACUCAUCAGCAAGGGAGUGGAGCUGGUGCGGCAGCAGGUGGUCGACAAGCUCAUCAACUCCCGGCUCACCAACCGUCGUAAGACCAAGGAAACCGACAUCGCACUCUUCGCCACCACCAUCGUGCUCUUCUGCAUCGCCUGCUGGUUCCUGGGCUUGCUGCUGCUGACGGCGGGGCUGGACAACGCCCGAGGGCUGUCCUUCGUGUGCACCUCCCUGGCGGCGGUGUCGCUGCUGCUGUUCCUGUUGGCUAUCGUGUAUGCCAUAGCGCUGACGCUGCUGCAGGAUGGGUGCUACCACGCGGAAAGGCUUGCGGCGGACUAUGCGGGGUCGCAGCUCAAGCCCCUGCUGGAUUACUACUUCUUCAGCUCGGAGGGUGUCAGCCCCGUGGCCGCGCUGCAGCGGGCUCAGGUGGCGGACCUGGAGGAGGCUAUGUCCCAGAUUGCCGGCCCCUCAGCCCGCCUGGUUGCCAACAUCUCCGCCUCCGCCUACGUCCCGCUGCCCAAGCUGCAGGCCGCGCUGUACGGCAUCCAGGCCUAUGCCAACACCACAACAGCGCAGGUCACCAACAUCACCUCCAUGGCCUCCCUGCCCGCCAUCCUCCCCACCUACCUGGACUUCAAGACCGUCCCCUGCUGCGACGUGGGUGCACACUACAUGUCGCAGUACGUGCUGCUCACGGCGGCCGGCUGGCUGCUGAUGGUGGCGUGCUGCAUGGCGGUGCCGCUGCAGAUGAGGCUGGACGCACUGCCGCGCUUCGUGUUCGGACGGCGACAGAGCACACGCUCCCUGGGCCUGUCACAGAAUCCCUCCCAGAUCAAGCCCCUUGAAGACGACCUGUUGGGCUCCAAGGGGGGCCUGUCGCCCCGAGGCCCCGUCAUGCGAGCCAACACACCCAAGGCAUGGGACGCAGCGGCAGCCUCCCCCCACCCGCAACCACACCCGCAGGCUGCGGCCCUGGCUGCAAUGGAUGCAGCGACCGGCGCCGACCCUGUUGCUGCUGCUGCUGCCGCUGCUCCAGCGCCCGCCCAGGCCGCUGCUGCUCAUGCGCUGCCUCCGGUCCACGUCCGGGCCCGGACUGGCACGGCAGGCGGCGACUCUGAGCCGGCCAACAGUGGCAGGCUACCCGGAGCUCUACACCCGCAUGCUCUGCCCGACGGGGAUAGCGAUGCCAUGCCUGCCGCAGUUGCGGCCGCCGCUGCGGCAGCAGCUGCGGCCCCUGCGGUGUCAAAGCCGCCUUCGCCGGCUGCAAGCACGGAUGCGUCUGUCAGCAGCGACAAGCCGGCUCCUGCUGGUGACGCUGCCGCUCCAGAACCAGAAGUGAAGCGUGCGUCAUCUGGCGAUGGCGCUGCUGCUGCUGCGGCUGCGGCUGCCGGUGCUGCGCCGCCUUCCCCCACGGCACCGGAGAAGCGUGUGUCUGCCACCGACAAUGCGGCCCACGGGGACCCCUCGUCUGCAAGCAGCAGCGAUGCACUGCCUGCUGGUGCCGCGCCGGCAGCAGCAGCGGCAGCGACUGCGACGGAGACACGGCAAUCGCCCCGGACCACGAACGAUGGGACGGCUGGGGGCGCCAUCACGUCAGGCCAGCCUAAACCCCGGACUACCAACGAUGGGACGGCUGGGGGAGGUUCCAUGCCCGGCCUGGCCCCAGCAGCAGCAGCCGCUGCUUCCAGUGAUGAUGCACCUGCUGCCGCACCGCCCACCGUAAACGGUGGCGGUAAGCCAGCUGUGACCUUUCUAAAGGCACCCGUCUAUGUACGGUCAGGAGGCUCGGUUACCAGCAUUGGUCACCUGGAGGAGCUACGGCUGGCCUCGGCAGCCUCCGCACAGGCAGCUGCAGCGGUGGCGGUGCAGGCUGCGCCCGCGCCCCCGGCGGAUCGCCAUGUCACCAUGCAUGCGGGCGACGCACCUGAUCUGGGGCGAGCCAUCAGCAUGAAGCGCCUUGGCGACGAACCUGACCUUGGGCGGGCGUUCAGCAUGAAGGGACCGGAUAAUUUGCACAUGCCGGGCAGGAAGAACGCCUGGUCUCGAGAUGGCACUAACCCGGUGGAUGUGGAGGCUGCGGCCGCUGCCGCCAGCCAGGAAGCUGCGGCCGCGGCGGCUGCUGCUGUGGCCGCAGCGGAUGCGGCGGCUGCCGCUAUGGCGGGUGCCGAUGCGGGUGCGGUUGCGCCACCGGCACAGCUGCCGGCCGCUGCUGCUGGUGAUGCGGCCCCUUCUGCGCCAGCUGCCGCGGGGGCUGCCCAUGACCCGCUGCUGUCGCCGGCUGCCAGCACGGGAGGUGGUGGUGCCCCGGGUUCACAGCCCCACCCUCCGGACCGCCACCACCUGCCGCCGUUGAAGCUAGCGUCGCGCAAGUCGUCCUUGUCAUCGCUGCCGCCUAUCAACGGGCAUCACUACCACAGCCAAGACUGAGCGUCCGUUGCAGUCGCCGUCGUCACCGGAUGGGUCCCCUCAGCUAGACAAGGACAGCUCGCGCGGUGUGGUUGCAAGGUAGCUAGCCUGUUGGGGUACACGUGAAAGGGGCUAACGAGCCAUUUCGUGUUUCAAUACCUGUGGCGUCAAGGUUUUGGUGUGCAUCCCACCCUUUUUCCCUUUGUUGUCAGUGGUGUAGGAAGGGGACAGUGAUGUGUCAAGGGCCAGCACCUCCAGGUUGGCCAUGGCACCGGUACGGCUCUUGUGGCUUCACUCAAUUCCUUUAUCCUUAGGGUUUUAGGGAUUUUCGUAGUUUUUUUUUGCUUUUCAGGGUUAACCUCUAGCCACCUCGGUUGCGUCGCAUGACGGUGCCCCGGGAAUCUUCACGUGUCGGCAGCGUUCUCCACUUUUCGUUCUUGUUCGUUAGCCGUGUGCCUCCAGUGGUUGACAGGUGCUGCUGGGUUUUGUGAAAGUGGCUGCUCGUCGCAAGAGGACCAGUUUUGCAUGCCGGCCGGGUCCAUACUUACCGCAAGGAUAACACCCCGUGAUAUUGCGCAAUCCUGCACUCCCACGCACAGGUUGGCCUUAGCUUUGUGUCAACGUCUUCCAGCCGUCACGGCCAGCAGUGCUUGCUCGCGGCCCCAAUUGGUUCUAAGCACACAUGUUCAUACCGUAUUGUAUAGCACCCAACCUCUGGAAGGAGGCACGCGUGUGGAUAGUCUGCACCCCACGUGUGCUUGCAAGCGUUUGUGGACAAAGUUGCAAGCCAGAUGACGCAUCAGGUUCGGCCCAUGAGACAUGCAUCCCAUGCCCGCCCGUCGCUACCGUCACCCCCCGAAUCCCGCCCAGGCACCCGCCCCCACUGGGCCUUUGUUGACAAUCUGGUUCGUAACACGUGCUUUUAUGUGUUGGGCGUGUGAGCACUUGACGUUGCAUUGGUUUGCUUUGGACUAGACUGUUGUUACAGAUGUAAGCGGCGGCCGUUAACGACCGACGUCGAUGUUAAUACCUCUGUUAUGUUUUAUGGUUGCCGAGUUCUCUCCAGCUUACUGGAUAACGUGUGUGCAUGUCUGCGUGUUUUUUUGCUGCUUUUUGAAUGUGCACACAAGUACGAAUGCUGCACCGUACUGGCGGUGCCUUGUGACUUUGCUCCACCUCCAGAUCUGGUCAUCUGGCGAGGAUUCGCACUCAUGAUGUUUAUUACUACAGCACAUGUCGUACAGUCUGAGCCUCUGGGAUAUAUACUAGUCGAAACGGGCCAGUGGUUUAAAGACAAAUGGACGUCAAUUCGUGGAUGUAUUUUGCACAUCUGCGCAGGGAGCGUAUGCUUAAUUUGAUGGCUGCAUUUUGAAAACGGAUGCGGAUACAAACUUCGUUCUUUUUCUUUGCGCGGCAGCGGGGCCAUUGAGACUGAUCCUAACAUCUUGUAAACGCACGCAAUG